AUGACGGUUAAAAUUCUUUCCAGCGACCUCAUCUUCCCAAAAUUGAACAAAGAUCAAGCUGAAAUCAGAAUCUUGGAAGUUCAGCCUGGCAGUUCAGGUUCGCAGAUACACUGCAAGUUCCACGUCGCGACAUUGGACGAACUGGAACAGCCAUAUGAGACCCUAUCUUAUACCUGGGGCGAUGAAAACGAAGCAACAAAAGUCACUGUUUGGCUUGAAAAAACGCCAGUUCCCGUUGCCAGAAACCUUUUUGACGCAUUGCAGAGGCUUCGUAUGACUCAUGAGCCCAGAUAUCUCUGGGUUGACGCACUAUGCAUCAAUCAGGGUGAUGAUGUGGAAAAGACCUGGCAGGUCAGCAUGAUGCACCGCGUCUACAGCCAAUGUCAUCAAUGCGCCAUCUGGCUGGGGGCCUUGGGAGAUGUCGAUGUGUUUCAUGCUAGAGCAGCCGUGGACACUUUGUGUUGGUUCGCUGGGUCGCGAGGGAAACCCGACUGGAUGGAUGACGAUUCGGCCAGAGAGUAUGCUGCCAAAGCACUAAAGAUUCUCAUCAACUUGCCAUGGUGGAGCCGGAUAUGGACGGUCCAGGAAGCUAUUCUCCCAUCCUCUGCGACAGUUUAUUGGGGCCCGUGUGAGAUUUCGUGGGACCUGAUGCGCAGGGCGGCAGACAGCUUCUUUGACACUCCCUCCCGCGACAUUCCAGACGAGUUCUGGGACAAUGGCGGAGCCAUCGACCUUCAAAGUGCUACGCGGGGACUUGCCUUCACAAGAAAAGAGUCUCUGUUUCAAGUUUUGUGGCGCUGGAGGUUCCGUCAAGCUACGGAUCCAAGGGACAAGGUCUAUGGACUUGUUGGUUUUCGACGUGACACUUCACUGCCAAACGUGAGAACCUGCGAUUACACAAUCGAUGUUAGAACCUUGUAUCAGAGGGUCACGGCCGAUCUCAUCCAUAGGGGGUUAUAUGGCGUUGGGGAAGGCUUAAAGGUCGAAGACGAUCGGAUCCUCUGCUUGCAUGGCUUGCAAAUUGACCGCAUUUCUGUGGUUGAAGACCGUUCCAAAGAAACGUGUGUGGAAGAUUACGGAUCAGCUGGGUCUAUGUUCCUCGCCGGUGGCGGAAGAUGGGGGAAGGUUAUCACCGAGUUCCAAGAGAAAUGCCCCGGACAACUUCCAGACAACUGGAUGAGUGCAUUUCUAGGCCUCAUUACCGGCAAGUUGGCCUUGUUCAUCACCGAGUCAGGGCGUUUCGGGCUAGGGCCACGGAACAUUCAACCAGGGCAGGAGGUGUGGGUUAUUGGCGGAUGCAGGUUUCCUGUUGUUUUGAAUCGUCGAGCUGGAGGAUUUAAAGACGAAGGCUUUACCUUUGCUGGCGAAUGUUUUGUGUAUGGAGUUAUGAGAGGUGAGGCAGUAGAAGGACGGAGUGAUGAGCAGAGAGAAAUCAAGCUAUAUUAG